UUAGAUUCCUUCCAAAUUUCCUUCGUUUUCUAUGUCCUGAAUUUAUUUGAUAUGGCGAGUGGUUGAUGUUGAGGGGCAACUGGGUUUUUGUUCUGGAUUUUGCUGCUUUCUGGGCUCUGAUCUGCUGGUUUAUCAAUACUUGUUGAUUUGAUGCCAGUUUAAUUUUCUGAGCUGUUGAUUCUUGUUUUGACUCCAAUCACUUCUGGUGAUAUCAUUAGUUUCAAUGAAACAAAUGGGCCCUUUAUAUAUGUACUAGUUUCUUUCCUGACUUUUUCGGGUUUUUUGUCCUUGAUCCCUCUUCUAACUGAGGGGAUUUACUCUAGUGGAUUGAAGAUGUAUUUGGUGGAGAGCAAAGGAGGUGCCAUUGCGUGCAUGCUGCUUGCACUCUCCUUCUUGGGCACAUGGCCUGCUAUUAUGACUCUCCUAGAAAGAAGGGGCCGUCUUCCUCAGCAUACUUAUCUUGAUUACACAAUCACGAAUCUCUUGGCUGCGGUUAUUAUUGCUUUAACCUUUGGUCAGAUUGGCAGUAGCACUGCUGAGGUGCCAAAUUUCCUAACUCAACUUUCUCAGGACAAUUGGCCCUGCGUUUUGUUUGCAAUGGCAGGAGGGGUGGUCCUCAGCCUUGGAAACCUGUCCACACAGUAUGCGUGGGCUUUUGUUGGUUUAUCAGUUACAGAGGUCAUCACCUCAAGUAUUACUGUUGUUAUAGGCACAACCUUGAAUUACUUCCUGGAUGACAAAAUUAAUAAAGCCGAGAUUCUUUUCCCUGGCGUUGGAUGCUUCUUGAUUGCUGUUUGCCUUGCCUCUGCUGUUCACUCGUCCAAUGCUGCUGAUAAUAAGGCAAAGCUUAUGGCACAGGGUAUGGAUACUUCUGUGGUUAAGGAAGCAUCGCCAAACAACGAGGAUCCCGAGAAUGGAAGUAGUGGUACUGCACCGAAGGCAAAAUUUGGGACUGCUGACUUCCUCAUAGAGGUUGAGAAGAGAAGAUCAAUUAAGGUGUUUGGGAAGAGCACAUUGAUUGGACUGGUCAUAACUUUCUUUGCGGGUGUUUGCUUCUCUCUUUUUUCCCCAGCAUUUAACCUUGCAACGAACGAUCAAUGGCACACUCUGAAAGAAGGAGUUCCUCAUUUGGUUGUCUACACUGCAUUUUUCUACUUUUCGGUCUCAUGUUUUGUGCUUGCCCUCAUUCUAAAUAUCAUCUUCCUCUACCGCCCUGUAAUGGACGCACCCAAAUCAACGCUAAGGGCUUAUCUCAGUGACUGGAAUGGCAGAGGCUGGGCCUUUUUAGCUGGGCUCCUCUGUGGGUUCGGGAACGGUCUCCAGUUCAUGGGAGGCCAAGCUGCAGGAUAUGCAGCAGCUGAUGCAGUUCAGGCACUCCCACUUGUGAGCACUUUCUGGGGAAUAGUUCUGUUUGGAGAAUACCGAAAAUCGUCAAGAAGAACAUAUAUAUUGCUUGGGAGCAUGCUGUUCAUGUUCAUUGCUGCUGUGGGAGUACUCAUGGCAUCGUCAGGGCAUCGAAAAGAUUAAGCAGUCACAAUUUCCAUGUUUGGAAGCAGAUGAUGUAGCUACCAGUUCAAUUAAGAUCCAGAAUCAUGGCUUCAAGAUUAUGGAUUGGGAGGUGCUUUUGAUAAUUAUAAAGUGAUAUUCUCCAUUGUCAAUAGGAAAGAAGAAAAAAAAGAUAGGAAUAUUGAAAUCUGGUUAUGUAUCUUCUAUUGAAUUCAAACGAUAUUCAUCCAUUUAUCUCAAAGAUCACAUUGUACAUCUCUAUUUCAAUAAUAACUAUUUGUGUGGUGAACUUCUUGGCCUU